AUGCAGUUAAAGGUAGAGGCAGGCUCGGGCUAUGGCAGCAUGAUUGGCUCUGGCCUGGCAGUCAAUCUAGGGGCAUCAGAGACACUCCCUCUUCUCAUCCCAGAAGAUGAGCUAGAGCUGAACUAUUUGAAGCCCCUGACCAGAGCAGAACUGGAGGCAGCUGCUGAAGGACCAGGCUGGAAGAAGUUCCGCUCUCGCCUGGUUCUACUCUUCUGGCUAGGCUGGCUUACCAUUUUGGGGAUCGCUAUCACCGUGAUCGUACAGAGCCCACGGCCUGUAGCUCCUCAUCUGCCCUGGUGGCAGAAGGAGCUUUUCUACCGCCUACAGCCAGUCCUGUUCAUGGAUGCAGAUAGAACAGAGUCAGGUGCUAUAAGCAGAGUGUCUGAGAAGCUGCCGUACCUGAAGUCUUUGGGGGUUGGUGUUAUAAUAUUGGACGGAUUGUUUAGUCCUAAAGUUUCUCUCAUAAACAUGACUCAGAUUGACCCGAGGCUUGGAACAUUACCUGAGUUCCACCAAUUCAUCACUAACAGUCACACAGCAGGUAUGAGGGUCAUUCUAGACCUCUGCAACAACAAGGCAGAGAUCUUAUCAAAUGCUUCUGAUUAUGCCCAGGAUUCAUUAAGGUAUUGGCUUGAGCAAGGUGUGUCAGGAUUUGAGAUCUGCAACGCAGACACUGCAUUUACUGAGAAGACACUGCAGAAGUGGAGGGAAAUGGUCAAAGAGUUUAACACAGGUGGAAAUGAAAGGAUAAUGAUGGUGAGGGAAAUAAGUGAUUCUGUUUCAGGGCUCAAUAUUUCUGAGUCAGCUGUAAACAGUUCGAUGGCGGAGUUAGUAUCAAGGUCUCUGAUUCCUCCAUCCUCACAUCCAUUAUCUGCUUCUGAGGUAGCUGAAGCAAUAGAGGCCAUGUUGAAGACCCUGCAUGGAGAAAGGCCAAGCUGGAGAGUGGAUGGGCCUAUAGCAUGGUAUCUGCAGAAAGUUGUCAUGGUUCUGAUGAUGACCCUGCCUGGAACUCCUGUUAUCAGUUAUGGUGAUGAGAUCAGUCAAGCUUCAAACCCACAUCAGCCAAUGCAUUCCACGACUCUCUUCCACUCUCUGAGCCACACACGUUCUCAUGAAGAAGCUCUCCUUUAUGGCUCUUUCACCUUUCUUACUUUCAACACUACAUCUCUCAGAUUUGGUUCCACAAACUCUACAGCCAUGCCACCUUUGGCAUUCCUGCGCUCAUGGGGGUGCAUUCAUUUCCUGGUGCUGUUUAACUUGGGUUCAGAGUCUCACGCUCUGGAUUAUAACUGGACCUUGAGUCUUCCUGAAAGUGGAAUGGUUGUAACUAGCACAGGUCUGGAUCGCGUUGGUCAAGUGACUCUUCAGUCUAUAACACUCCAACCUCAUGAAGCCAUUGUCAUUAGGCUGUUUGAGAUAGACCCUGAUUUCUGAGUGGUCUUAUGAGUAGUCUGAAAUACAAACGAAAUUGAUUGGAGUAUGUUUUUAUAAAUUUGUGACAAUGUUACAUUAAUUCUGUAAAUUAGUGCUACUAUAGUUACUUCUGUUACCACAUGAGGUCACUCUAUUAUAUCUACAGUGUAUGUGAUGUUUUAAAUGUUUGGGUGUGACAGAAUUUUGAACAAACAGAAUUUUGUGGUUUGUGACUUUACUCCUGCCUUUUCCUCAGAUGUGCAGAUUAUUAAUGAGCAUAUGAAUUUCGAUUACUCAGUAUUAACCUCAGACAAACAACCAUGGCCAAUACACAUUCCCUCAUGCCCUGAACAGCUCACUUUCAUUCCCACUUACUCAGGAAAGAGCUGUUUUAAAUUAUUCUGUUGUGCUCAUAUCCACCGGGAAUUACAAACCACAUGAAACAUUCAUUUGAAUACCAAAAUUGCUACGAAAACAAAUUUGCCUUUCUGUGGACCUGCACGAGCAUGAUAUUGAAGGCAGAAUAUAUUCAGAUGUCACUUAUACACUUGUAUACAGAGUUUUCAGUUGAAUGAUGUUCAAAAAUUAAAAAAUGGACAUUACUCCCUUCAUAAAAUAUAUAUAUUAAGACUGAUUAUCUCCUCAUCAUGGCACCUGUUAGUGGGUGGGAUAUAUUAGGCAGCAAGUAAACAUUUUGUCCUCAAAGUAGAUGUGUUAGAAGCAGGAAAAAUGGGCAAGCGUAAGGAUUUGAGCGAGUUUGGUGAAGGGCCAAAUUGUGAUGGCUAGAAGACUGGAUCAGAGCAUCUCCAAAACUGCAGCUCUUGUGGGGUGUUCCUGGGCUGCAGUGGUCAGUAUCUAUCAAAAGUGGUCCAAGGAAGGAACAGUGGUGAACCGGCGACAGGGUCAUGGGCGGCCAAGGCUCAUUGGUGCACGUGGGGAGACAUCACAUGGAUGGCCAGGUGCGUGUGCGUUGCUUACCUGGGGAACAGAUGGCACCAGGAUGCAUUAUGGGAAGAAGGUAAAACGGCGGAGGCAGUGUCCUGCAAUCCUGCAAUCCACGUGAAUGUUACUUUGACACGUACCAACUACCUAAGCAUUGCUACAGACCAUGUACACCCUUUCAUGGAAACGGUAUUCCCUGAUGGCUGUGGCCUCUUUUAGCAGGAUGUAAUGUGCCGUGCCACAAAGCAAAACUGUUUCAGGAAUGGUUUGAUGAGCACAACAACCAGUUUGAGGUGUUGACUUGGCCUCCAAAUUCUUCAGAUCUCAAUCCAGUCGAGCAUCUGUGGGAUGUGGGAUGUGCUGGACAAACAAGUUUGAUCCAUGGAGGUCCCACCUCACAACUUAGAGGACUUAAAGGAUCUACUGCUAACAUCUUGGUGCCAGAUACUACAGCACACCUUCAACUAAUACAUUUUAAAAAUGCACUUCCUUCCUGCAUUCACUGUACAACAUAUUAACUAAUGGUCAAGCUAAUCUAUAAAUGAUCAGAUAAGUCAGAUCCAGUGUCAUCAAUGUAUGAAAAAUGUCUCAGACUUUCGUCUACUGUUUGGUAGUAUUUCUUUUCACAUAGUACACUGAAUAUUGCAUGUAGGAGGAGGCAGAUCUAUAAAGCACGCUCAGCAAAGUAGAGGUAUCUGUUUCAACAUCUUUAUAACAGCCAACAUAUCGCUGCACAUUAAACAGACAGAGCUGUUCAUGCCUGGGCUAAAGUUAGAAUUCAUAGACAGUCUGUCUACAGCAUGACCACGGUGACCAGUUUAUUGAUCGAGUUAGGUGAUACAGUAAUUGUUCUUUAUUUUUAAGUUGUAUUUUUCCACUAAAGCAUUAUAAAAGAAGUUCAGAGGCACAAGAUGUGUAAUGUAACAGGAAUUGCUCAAACUAUUACUUUCCCAUAUAUAGAAAUGAUGAAAUUAUGACUACGCCUAAAGAAGAAGUGUGAAGUUUCAGUU